UUUUGCCAAUUAUUAACUAGUCACUAUUGUUUCGACAGCUUUUAUUUAAACAGAUAUAAAGAAGUCAUCAUAGUUUUAAUGUGCAGUCAAAUAAACGAAAUUCAUAAAAUAUUCAUAAUUAAAAGAAGAAAAUAAAAAAUUCUUAAAAGUUAAUUUUGUAAUCAUGAUUUAAAUUACAAAAAAUAAUUCUCUCAAAAAAAGAUUCUCCAUCUCAUUUUCUAAUCAGAAAUAUCAAAUAUCUGGUUAUGACACGUUAUUAAAAAUAUUAUAUAAUAAAAUUGAAUAAAAUUGAACGAAAUUAUUUAAAUUAAGUGAUAUUUGAUUAAUUUUGCCAAUUCACAGAAGAUAGUGAAUUAAUUCUUCUUAUCGCAUACAAUACAAAAUCGAAAAAAUGUAUAUUAGUUUAGAAAUUUUUUGUGGAAUAGUGAUAGCAUUUAUUGCGUUUUACUACUAUUUAACAAUUAAUAAUAAUUUUUGGAAACAUCGUGGAAUAUCUGGACCAGAACCCCUGUUGGGAUUUGGCAAUAUGAAAACGGUAAUAUUAGGAGAAGAAUCGAUAUCAGAAUUUCUCACAAAGAUGUAUCAUAAAUACAAGAACGAAUCUAUGGUUGGAAUAUUUAGACUAAGAACACCUGCUUUAAUCAUCAAAGAUCCAGAUAUCAUAAAAACUGUCUUGAUUAAAGACUUUUCAAAAUUCAUGAAUAGAGGAUUAUUGCCAAUUAUCUCAACAGAACCAAUAUCCCAUCACCUUUUCGCGUUAGAGGCAGAAAGAUGGCAACCAUUAAGAAAACAUCUUACAUCAGGAUUUACAAGUAACAAACUUAAAGGAAUGUUCUAUUUGAUUCACGAAUGUUCUAAGCAACUCGUAAACUAUUUGGAUAUCUUGGUAAGGAAAGAAGAACCUGUCAAUGUGCGAGAAGUUGCCGCCAGAUUUACCACAGAUGUCAUUGGAAGUUGUGGUUUUGGCGUAGAUAUGAACUCAUUGUCAGAAAAAGAAAGCGAAUUUCGACGACUUGGAAAAAGUAUCUUUAACACAAAUUUGCAGAAAAUAAUAAUAGAUAGAAUUAGAGAAUUGACGCCACAGGUGUACAACUUUCUCCUUUAUAUAGUGCCAUUAGAUCGAAUAUCGCCAAAAAUUCUAAAACUAACGAAGGAGACAAUAAAAUAUAGAAAAAAGUAUGAUAUCUUUAGGCCUGAUUUUAUGAACGUAAUAUUAGAACUUGAGAAACAUGCAGAAAGAAUUAACUUUGAAAUAACAAAUGAAUUAUUAGCGGCGCAAGUAUUUAUUUUUUUCACGGCUGGCUUUGAAACUUCUUCAACAUUGAUAAGCAAUGCUCUUUACGAACUUGCUUUGAAUCCUAAUAUUCAGCAUAAAUUACGAGAGGAGAUUAAAGAAUUUGAAUCGAAAAAUGAUGAAGAAUGGAAAUAUGAAACCAUUAAAAAAAUGGACUAUUUGGAAAAAGUAAUUCAAGAAACUUUAAGAAAAUACCCAUCUGUGCCAUUUUUGAAUAGAGAAUUAAUUGACGAUUAUACUUUCGAAAGUAAUAAAGUGACAAUUCCAAAAGGGUUAAAAAUAUGGAUACCCACUUACGCCAUUCACAACGAUCCAGAUAUUUAUCCAGAUCCAGAAAAAUUUGAUCCUGAAAGAUUUUCAGAGGAUAAGAUAAAACAAAGACAUCCUAUGCAUUUCUUACCUUUUGGACACGGACCAAGAAAUUGCAUUGGUAUACGAUUUGCCGAAUAUCAAACAAAAAUUGGAUUGAUAAAUAUUCUUCGUAAUUUCAAGCUUGAUGUUUGCGAUAAAACGUUAAUUCCUUAUAAACUUCAUCCACGUGGAUUAAUUUUAAUUCCUUUUACAGAUUUAUAUUUGAAGAUAACUAAAUUGAUGUAUACAAAAUCCAAAAAAAUGUAUAUUAGUUUAGAAAUUUUUUGUGGAAUAGUGAUAGUAUUUAUUUGGUUUUACUACUAUUUAACAAUUAAUAAUAAUUUUUGGAAACAUCGUGGAAUAUCUGGACCAGAACCCACGUUGGGAUUUGGCAAUAUGAAAAAGGUAAUAUUAGGAGAGGAAUCGAUAUCAGAAUUUCUCACAAAGCUGUAUCAUGAAUACAAAAACGAAUCUAUGAUUGGAAUAUUUAAAGUAAGAACACCUCAAUUAAUUAUCAAAGAUCCAGAUCUCAUAAAAACUAUUUUGAUUAAAGAUUUCUCUAAAAUCAUGAAUCGAGGAUUAUUGCCAAUAGUCUCGGGAGAACCAAUAUCUCAACAUCUCUUCAACAUAGAGGCAGAAAGAUGGCGACCAUUAAGAAUUCAUCUUACACCAGUAUUCACUGCCAAUAAACUCAAAGGAAUGUUUUCCUUGAUUCUUGAGUGUUCUGUGCAUUUCGUAAAUUACGUGGAUAGCUUAGUAAAAAAGGGAGAACCUGUCAAUGUGCGAGAAGUUGCCGCCAGAUUUACCACAGAUGUCGUUGGAAGCUGUGGUUUUGGCGUAGACAUGAACUCACUGUCGGAAAAAGAGAGCGAAUUUCGACGGGUUGGAAAAUCUGUUUUCGCUACAGAUUACGCAAGAAUAAUAAAACAUAGAAUCAGAGAGUUUAUGCCGCAACUAUACAACUAUAUUCUUUAUUUAUGCUCGAGAGACGAAAUGGCGGAAAAAAUUAUAAAACUAACGAGAGAAACAUUGGAAUACAGAGAGAAGAACAAUCUGUUUAGACCCGAUUUUAUGAACAUACUUUUAGAUCUUAAGAAACAUCCAGAAAAGAUUGGCCUUGAAGUAACAAAUGAAUUCUUGGCGGCACAAGCAUUUAUUUUCUUCACUGCCGGUUUCGAGACUUCGUCAUCAACGAUUAGCAAUGCUCUUUAUGAAUUAGCUUUGAAUCCUGAUAUUCAGGACAAGUUACGAAAAGAAAUCAAAGAAUUCGCAGCAAAAAAUGACGGGGAAUGGAGAUACGAAACCAUAAAGGAAAUGGAAUAUUUGGGAAAAGUUUUUCAAGAAACUCUAAGAAAAUAUCCAUCUUUGCCAUUUUUGAAUAGAGAAUUAAUUGAAGAUUAUACUUUCGAAAGUAAUAAAGUGACAAUUCCAAAAGGGUUAAAAAUAUGGAUACCCACUUACGCCAUUCACAACGAUCCAGAUAUUUAUCCAGAUCCAGAAAAAUUUGAUCCUGAAAGAUUUUCAGAGGAUAAGAUAAAACAAAGACAUCCUAUGCAUUUCUUACCUUUUGGACACGGACCAAGAAAUUGCAUUGGUGCACGAUUUGCUAUAUAUCAAACGAAAAUUGGAUUGAUAAAUAUUCUUCGUAAUUUCAAGCUUGAUGUUUGCGACAAAACGUUAAUUCCUUAUAAACUUCAUCCACGUGCGUUACUUUUAAUUCCUUUUACGGAUUUAUAUUUGAAGAUAACUAGAUUGACGGAUUAACGAUUUCUCUUUUUAAUUUAAAUUUUAUUAUUAUUUGGCAUAAAAUGCUUUCACGAUAAAAAUAUGUAGUAAUAAAGAUGAUAUAUUCAACAAUGUAAAUAAAACUUAUAUAAAACUAUAUAAUAUAAUAA